GCAGCGAUGCAAGCACAUGAGCACACUUUGCAGGAGCAGCGGGAGCAGUACGAGAGUAUGCUCGAGGUGGAGCGUGGCCGCGCAGAGUUGGAGCGCGGCCGUCGUCAGCAGGCUGAGGCGAAAUUUGCCAUGGCCUUGGAGCUGAAAGACGAGGCGCUCGCGACCAUGAAGACGAUGUCGGAGGCCCAUGAGCAGAAAUUGGAGGAAAUGCAGGCUUUGCGCAAAUACCGGCUGCUUGCGGAGGCCGAAAUCCGGAAGUUGCAGGCUGAGCUAAAGAAGUUUUCCGCGGUCUCCAUCUCGAACUCGGAGAAGGCCACAGAGGCAGAGCCAGCA